CAUGCAUCGCUUUGGCCAUGCACGGGCCAACUGGGGUAAAAUUGGUGAUUGUCAUCACUGAAUCUAUUGUGCGUCUCUGAAUAGGGCACAAUAGUGAGUCCAUCAACAACAAGAAGCUGUCUCUGCGUUGCUUGUCUCACAGGCCAAAGCCACGACAAUGAUGGGAGCACCUUCACUUCACUAUAUUAUGGAACAAUUAGACCCCAAAGCCUCUUUAAAAGGGACCGCUUGACCUGUCUUCUUCUUACAACAAUUCCACUCUCCGUCAGCACUACCAACACUAAAUACAACUCCAGACUCGAAGAUGGAUUUUGCUACCCCUGAAGAAGCGGGCGUGCGUCAUUGGCUUCAAACCGUCCCAAGCCCAUUUCAUUCUCCCGACGAAUUCGGCAGAAGUCGUUGCGUCAGCCCAUCCACUCCGCCUGCUCAUCCGACCGACGAAGAUCUUUCUGCAAGUUACUCAAACACAACGGAUCGAGGCUUGUUCGACCGAACAGUCUCCACCACGCUCUAUGCCUCCCCCGCGUCUUCGGCAACCAGCCUGUCCGAUUAUCGAAGCUGCGUUGCAUCCGUCAAAUCAACACCAUGCAAACCCCAUGAGGCCCUUGCAUCUAGCGUCAACACUGGUCCCGGCAAAGACGGUUUCUCAGUCCAUUUCGAUCAGGACGAAGAGUGCGACUCUCCUGCUGCUGGUUCCGAGGCUCAACCCGAGGUUGUUCGCGAAGAGGAAUGCUAUCCCAACCUCAACAACGCAACAACCAAUAAUCCGAAGACUCUCAGGGUCAUAUUGGUGACGUCAUGCUUGCAUUGCGUCCUCGCGAAGCUCCCCUGCUCUCGCACUUUACCGGCGUGCUCGCGCUGCGUACGGAAUGGCAGGUUGUGUCUGCCCCAGCGACGGAGGAUGAACACAGAGUUGGUGAGGGGAGAUACUAUCGGCAAUGUCCUUCCCAUCCCUUUCUAUCUUCCGGACGACGACGCAGAGACUCGUGGCAGGAAGGUGGCGCUAUAUGAUGAGUUGAUGAGUUUCUGGAAAGCUGAACAAGAUAAGAAGAACUGGGUCUUGCCGACCGAAGGCAGACUCGGCGGGUUCCCAGGACGUUGGUGGGUGAAGCGCGAGCCUCGCCACCCUGGUGAGGGCACUGGAACUGUUACUUAUCAAGCCGUUCGUACUCGGAGGCCGGGAUGAGCAAAUAAUCGGACGGGAAUUGGAAACACAGCAUUGGAUCGGUUGGGGAGGCAUCUAGACAUCACAUUCAUCCAGAAACCGGAGUGGCCAAGCAGUGAACCGGAUUCAAACUGACGGUGAUUGGAUGGACUGGACACGCCGCUGGAUGGCUGGAGUUUAGGACUUUAUUCUAUGCGGAGCAGCGUUCGAGAGUAGGGCCACAUAUUUAGGAUAUCUGGAGGGCCGACGGGCGGUUAUAUGAGCUCUCUAGAAAUCUCAAAUAGGCCACCUACUUAGUUAAUAUUGCAGAGCGACAUAAUCAAACCUUUUUUAAUGAACA